AUGACAUUGAGUGGAUAUAAGUCUCAAGUAGAUACUAGUAGGACUAAUCGUUACUCUAGUCUCUACCAUGAUUGGUUUAUUAUUGGUGUAGGUUGUUUUACAUAUUUUCUGGUUGGACUAUCACUUACAUUAGUUUAUGUAUUAUGUGAGAUGGAUUAUUUCAUGUUAUCUGGUUUAUUUCGUAUUCAGAGAUUCUUUUCAGAUGAUGCUUAUUAUUUUAGUAAACAGGUUGUUCUAAUGUAUGGUGUGAUUGGAUUCAUAUUUACACUUGUCAUUGGACCAAUUGGUAAGAUCUCAUGCAUACUGUGGUCUUGGAUUCUGACACUAACAUAUCUUGUGUUUGGAACACACUCAUACUUGUUUGGAUUCAUUCAAUAUGGUAAGCUGUUAAUUAGAUCUAUAAGCAUCAUAUCACUCAUAACACAUAUUCUGAUGUGUAACUUCAUAUUCUUCCUAUUUGAUCCAAUAGAUAAUGCCACCAAACCAGCUGAAAAUAACUCAUCAGAUGAGAAAACUGACAAAGCUGAAGAAGAUAACAAAACCAAGAGCGAUGACAAAGAUAACCUACAUGAAAGAGCUAAAAGAUCUAAGCACUUGAAUGCUAUUGGUCCAUAUGGAUCAUUAGUAUACUAUAGGGUAAUAAUGUUCCUGGUUGGAUUUUUUCUCGGAUCACCUAUCAUUUUAUUUGUGUUGAGGAUUAGUUUAUCCGUUGAUACAUUUUCUGAAAAGGAUCCCAUAAUGUCCUCAGUUGACAUGUGUAGAAUAAUGAUGCUAAUGUUCUCAAUAUCAGUUAUGGCCAGUGUAUUCCUUACACUUACAUUUUCAAAUGCACAAGUAACUGAAUAUACCUUGAUGCCAUUUCGUAUGAUAUCUUUUAGAAGACUUAAGAAGACCAUGUUUAACUUCUUUGACAUAGAGUUACUAGUUGUAGUCUGGAUCAUUAAUCCUCUAAUCAUGACCUUGAUUCCAUACACUACUAGGAUCCAUUCCGAGUUCCAUAAAUUCACACUACUUCAUAGAUUAUUAUUUGCAUUGUUUCUUAUUGCAAUAAUGAUACUGAUGCAUAGAGAUAUACUUUAUAGCUGUAUCAGGACCAUAAAAUUACUUAAUGCAUCAAUAUUCAACAUCUUAUACACUGAUGGAUAUAUACAGAUCAAUGAUAAUAAACUUCUUAGAGAUACACCUGUAUCAACAACUCCAUAUUCUAACUACACACUGAGACAUUCUGGAGACACACCAACAAUGGUUCCAAAUGAGAUAUCAGUUCCAUCAGAAGUAUCAUAUCCUUACUUUGAGAAUGGCUGGGAUCAUAUUGAGAAUGAGGAUAAAAAACUCUUACUUAGGUCAUACCAAAUUCAACAAUCACUUGAGAGACUAUCACACUACAUUAAUACUGGAGGUGACAUGGAUAUCCGUAACAUCCAUAGUGAUCCAGACCUAUCAUUGUGUAAACCACAAAUAGAUACAUCAGAUGAAUCUGAGACUAAUCCUAAUGAUCCAAUGAAAUCUACAGUAUACCUACUGAAUGAAUAUAAAAGUGAACUUAUGUCAAUGUUAGAGGAUGAUUCACAAAUUACAUUGUCUGAACAAUCCAUGAGACCUACCAUAGUUUUGCAGAAUGUAUCUAGAUUAUCCAAACACUUUAAUGACUUUAUAUGGAUUACUCUUUCACACAAUCAUUUGGAAGAAAAUAAAAUUUUUGUAAAAUAUUUUGACGAAUUAACAAAUUCCGUAUGUAAACUCCUUGAUAUAUUAAAACCUGUGGAUAAUUGUUGCUGUGUCUGUUGCUAUAGAUUAAAUAUCAAAAGUAACAGCUGUAAAAAUCGUAAUGAAAGUGAAAAUACCAUUAAUUGUUUUUGUUCAAUGGAAAAUCUACUCCAAGAUUCAAAAUCAACUUGUUUAAAUCCACACACAAUUCUUUCAUCUGAUAACAUUGUUGAUGGAACUAAACCAUGUCUCUGUUUAAUAAUUAACUUUAUAUUUAAACCUAUUCUCGAGAUAUACACAUGCCACUUCGUUGUUAUAUUAUCCGAUUUUUUUAAAACUAGUAAAAGGGAGUUUAACAAACAUACUUACAAAACUAGACUAAGUAUCGAUAUGGCAAAGUUUAUUUUUUUAAUAAUUGGUUUAAUUGACAAAAUUAUAAUUUCAUUAGAAGAAAGGUAUCUAUGUAAGUGUGACAAAACAUGCUGUGCUGAUGAUAAAAAAAUUAGUUGCACUUGUUGCAAUCAUACCAAUAAAUGUGGCACUAAAGUCCAAUGUUGCUCCUGUCCAAAAUCUAAUGGUGAGUGCAAAUGUUGCUGUAAACAAAAUGGAGCUUGUCAACAAUCAUGCUGUUCAAAAGCAACCAAUGGUUCCACAUCAUGUGUUUGCUGUAGAUGUUGCUGUAUAUGCUUUUGCAGAUGUCCAAAUGACGAAUACUAUCCUUACUUCAUAUCCUUGAUUCUAUAUUUAUCUCAACUCAUUAUGGAUUUGUUUACAUUUGACAAUGAGAAGAUUCAGAUGGCAACACAGUAUUUAUCAAAUCUGAUAGCGGAAUAUUAUGCUAUGGGUUUAAACCCUCAUAAACAAAGGUCAAAAAUUCCAUCAACUAGUGGUAACCAAACGAAUAGUGUAACAUCUUUUAAUAUUGGAUAUGAAAUUAAAAUAUCAGAAGAUAGUAUAGAAUUAAAUUUAGGGUUAAGCAAAAUUUUGUUGUCAAGUUUAGAAAAAAAAUGUUUGAUUAUUCAAUCAUUUGGAUUAAUAAUAAUUACAGAAAUUAAAACAUCUGUGUUUACUUCAUUUUUUCAAAAAUUGUCAGAGUUAUCAUUCUUUCUUAUUAAAGAGGAGAAUGUUUCAUCGGAAACAAAAAAACAAAUCAAGACUAUCACAACUAUUAUUUCAGAACAAUACAUGUUGACAAUAAAAAAUCAAGGAUCACAGCAAGUUUUAAAAUGUUGUACAAAUAACUAUAAGUGCACCUGCAAAUGUUGUAAAUUAAUAUGUUUUUGUAUUAGGUUAUUUUCUAGUAAGUUAAAACUAAUAUCUUCCGAAUUAACAGAUGCUGGAAUAUUAAAGUUUAUGAAUUCGACACUUAAUAAUGCAGAAUUAAAUCCAUUAGCAACUGAUAAAAUAAGAAUGAUAAAUGCUAGUUCUGAAAGUUUGAUUAAGUCUACAAAGAAUUCUAGGAUAAGUGAUUCUACAAGUUCCAUGAUCUAUGGUAGUGAUUUUGAUCAUAUUAAUCCUAAAUAUUUUGGUUAUGAUGAUGUUUAUAGACCUCAUCCACAUUUUGGUUCAGGAUACUUUAAGUUUGUACUUAGCAGAGUAUUCAUUGUCAUUAUCUUGUUGUUUAUGUUCAUAUUCAUAAGGACUCGAUUUGAUAGAUUUGUCAAGCCUGAUAUCUUUGGUGCUUAUUUGAUCAAGGUAGAUUCUAACAUUAAUAGGUUCAGAGAGGUACUUCAUAAUAGACUUGGUCAUAGCAUUAGGAACAUUGGUAGGAUUGGAAGUCUGAAUAGUUUAUUUGAUGAUAUGCCAGAUCCAAGUCAUCAUCUAGUAUUUGAAUAUCCCGAGUUAGCUGAUAUUCAAGAUCUUAAGUCAUGGUCUGAGACUGAUUCAAUAUCUGACACCUUCACAGAUGCUAUCUAUGAUGAGCAAAGUAGGACUGUUCAGGAGUCUAGGAGAAGAAAGGUAGCUUUCUACAUAGUCAUAGUUGUCUUCUCACUUCUAUCAUCACUUUAUUUGAACUUUGUAGUUAGGGAUCUAUCAGUGAUGUUAAACUUAGACCAUAGUACCUGGUCAUACUUCAUAUGUAUUACUAUUCUUCUGGGUAUGAUAAUAAGCCUAGUGGUUAAGUAUUGUGUUCAUCUCUAUGAUUUUGUUUAUGUUCUAGAGAAGUAUAGUAAUAGGUUAACUAAGAUUGAGAGUUUUGUUGAUGAUAGUUUUGGUGGUAUCACUGGUAACCUAAGUUACACAUCCAAGUUCAUAAUUCUAUUUCAAUUACUAAGAUCUUUGAAGACUGACAUUGUAUCACUAUUCAGUAUGAAUUAUCCAUACCAUAUACCAGCUCAAAGUCUUAUGAAGAAUAAGGUAUAUCCAUACAAGGAUAUGACAUCUGAUAUGGAGAGAAUGAUGACAUGUGAGAAUAUAGAAUGUAUUAGGAGUAUGGUCCUAGAAACUAUUGGAACACCAGAAUCUAUGGAUCUACAAAAUAUACUUGACUUUAUAUCAUAUGCAGCCAUAAGGAAUACAUCUGAGUUUGAUAAAUAUCAUGGUUACUUUAGUGGCAAUGAACGUUAUUUAGCUUGGAGACUUGGGAAGCUACUGAGUCAUAACUUCUUCCUUCUAACUUAUGGAAGAUACUCAUGUAUUCUUGAGAUGGAUCAUAUUAUUAGGAAUCUACAUGUUCCCAUAACAGAGUUCCAUAACUGUCAGAUGCUAUGGCAACUAUUUGGCAAUUAUGAGUCUAACCUCAUCUCACUCAAGUGUAUGGGUGAAGAAUCAAUAGGUGUACCACUUACUGCUAUUCAGAGAGAUGUUCUAAGAAACAAGUUCAAUGAGGAGUAUAUUGGUGAAUUCAACAAGUACCAGGAGUUUAUAAUGAGGAACCUUCAUAUCAAUAUACAUGAUUCUGAUGAUGAUGAAGAAUGUAGUUGUUACUUUCCAUAUCCUGAAUUAAUCAAGUGUCCACUUGACAGAGACAAGGUGGCUAGACUUACAAGAGAGUAUUUUGGUGACAAUAGGAGACUCAGUCUAUCACUUCCAACUACAAGCUGUAAUGUAACCAAACAGGUGUCAAAUCAAACUAAGUCAUCAUCUGUUUCAGUUACUAAGUUCUGUGAUCAUUGGUUAAAUAUGAGACUAGGCUAUUGUGAUACCGAGGAGUGUGAGAAGGCUGUAAGAUUUGCCCACGACCUUAUUGUGUCAAAACUAUCCAGUGACUCAGAUAUAUUUGAGUCAAUCAAGGAAACAGUAGCUAGUAUGAAAUUGAAUAUUCUGAAUACAGAAGAAGUUUAUGUGACUCCAGAAGAUAUCCAUGUACCUAUAAAAUCUUCAGAACAUAAAUCACUCAAGGAUUAUACUAAUAAACUUAAUGAACUAAGAUACAAGACAUCUGAUAACUAUCAUGAUACAGUUCUUGAUUAUCUAAACAGAUACAUGAUGGAGACCAUGACUAAUACUGAGAAGAUUAUGGUCCCACUAGGUAUAUUCUUAUCCUGGUAUGGAAUACCAAUAUGUGAACAGCAUAUAAGAAAUAUGGGCAAAUUUCAAUAUCUCAUAUGA